CGGCCAUUUUUCUUGUGGGAGCUGUAGACUUAGGCCGAUUGUUGAAAAGAUGGCUGCUUCCAGAGACGGCAUGAAACAUAAUAACAUUGUGUUUAUGCUGUUUAACUCAAUUUAGCUCAGUUUUAAGACCGUUGCCGAGCUUGCCUUUGUAUCAGAAGUCAUGUCUGCCCCUGGCUCCGCGGUAUCUGGGACCACGGCGUCGGUUCUGCAGCCGCGAUGGAAACGGGUCCUCGGGUGGUCUGGUCCUGUUCCCCGGCCCAGACAUGGACACAGAGCUGUGGCUAUAAAGGAGCUUAUGGUUGUUUUCGGCGGUGGAAACGAAGGGAUUGUGGAUGAGCUGCAUGUAUACAACACCGCAACAAACCAGUGGUUUAUCCCAGCAGUCCGUGGUGAUAUCCCUCCUGGUUGUGCUGCAUAUGGUUUUGUCUGUGAUGGCACACGGUUGCUGGUAUUUGGUGGAAUGGUGGAGUAUGGAAAGUACAGCAACGAUCUUUAUGAACUACAGGCCAGCAGAUGGGAAUGGAAAAAAUUAAAAGCAAAGAACCCGAAGAAUGGUCCCCCUCCUUGUCCUCGUCUUGGCCAUAGCUUUUCACUGGUUGGCAACAAAUGCUACCUGUUUGGUGGACUCGCCAAUGACAGCGAAGACCCAAAAAACAACAUUCCCAGAUACCUGAAUGAUCUGUACACACUCGAGCUUCGUGCAGGUUCCAGUGUGGUUGGUUGGGAUAUUCCAAUCACAUACGGAGUCCUGCCUCCUCCUCGUGAGAGCCACACUGCUGUGGUAUACACAGAAAAGGCAACCAGGAAGUCGCGCUUAAUAAUCUAUGGAGGAAUGAGUGGUUGCCGUCUUGGAGAUCUAUGGACACUUGAUAUUGAUACCCUGACAUGGAACAAACCAUCAGUAAGCGGCACAGCGCCACUUCCUCGAAGUCUUCACUCUGCUACCACCAUCACAAACAAGAUGUAUGUUUUUGGAGGAUGGGUACCUUUGGUGAUGGAUGAUGUCAAAGUGGCCACACAUGAAAAAGAGUGGAAAUGCACAAACACUCUUGCGUGCUUGAACCUCGACACCAUGUGUUGGGAAACGGUGUUGAUGGAUACUCUUGAAGACAACAUCCCCAGGGCCCGUGCUGGUCACUGUGCUGUGGCUAUCAAUUCCAGGCUUUAUGUAUGGAGUGGCCGUGACGGUUAUCGUAAAGCUUGGAACAACCAAGUCUGUUGUAAAGAUCUAUGGUACCUGGAAACAGAGCGGCCGCAUGCCCCUGCCAGGGUGCAGUUAGUCCGUGCCAACACAAACUCUCUGGAGGUGAGUUGGGGUGCAGUCUCCACAGCUGACACAUACUUGCUGCAGCUGCAGAAGUAUGACAUUCCUGCAACUCCAGCUGCAGCCUCUCCAGCUAUGAGUGCAACCCCAUCGCAGCCCCUUAACUCUCCAAAGAGCCCAGCGCCAGCUGCUGCAGCACCGUCGGCUCAGAGCUUACCACAGACAGCAGUCUUAAAGGUUGCAGCUCAGCAGUCUGCAACAGGCGCAUCUGUUGUCACAGUUCGUCCCAGCCAGCCGGGGAAAUCCCCUGUCACUGUGACAUCCCUUCCUCCAGGUGUUCGAAUGGUAGUUCCAGCCCAGACCACCCAGGGAUCGCCAAUUGGAAGUAGCCCUCAGAUGAGUGGCAUGGCAGCUUUAGCUGCUGCUGCAGCAGCAACUCAGAAGAUCCCGCCCUCUUCGGCAGGAACUGUCCUCAAUGUUCCUGCAGGUGCUACCAUUCUCAAAACAGUGGCAGUUUCUCCCAGCACAACCACAGUGAAAGUGGCUUCUCCAGUCAUGGUCAGUAACCCGGCCACCCGGAUGCUGAAGACUGCCGCUGCCCAAGUGGGCACAGCAACCGCAUCCUCUCCCACCACUACCACCAGACCCAUCAUCACUGUGCACAAGUCUGGUGCAGUCACAGUGGCCCAGCAGGCCCAGGUGGUGACCACUGUGGUGGGAGGAGUCACCAAAACCAUCACCCUGGUCAAGAGCCCCCUGACCAUGGGCAGCAGUGGCACUCUGAUCUCCAACCUUGGCAAGAUGAUGUCUGUGGUACAAACCAAGCCAGUGCAGACAUCAGCUGUCACAGGCCAGGCUUCCACUAACCCUCUCACACAGAUCAUACAGACGAAGGGUCCACUCCCAGCUGGCACAAUCCUGAAGCUGGUGACCUCUGCAGAUGGCAAACCCACAACCAUCAUCACCACCUCUCAGGCUGGAGGCACAGGAAACAAGCCCACUAUCCUCAACAUCAGCGGAGUCUCUCCUACUACCACUAAGCAGGGCACCACCAUCAUUAAGACUAUCCCCAUGUCAGCCAUCAUGACCCAGCCUGGAGCUACAGGUGUAACAAGCAGUGCAGGUAUGAAAACACCCAUUACAAUCCUUACCACAAAGGUGAUGACCACAGGAACUCCUGGGAAAAUCAUCACUGCGGUGCCCAAACUUGCCACUGCAGCUGGCCAGCAGGGACUGACACAGGUGGUUUUGAAGGGUGCUCCCGGGCAACCUGGCACUAUUUUACGCACUGUUCCCAUGAGCACAGUGGGUGGCGUUCGUCUGGUUACACCAGUGACUGUGUCUGCUGUUAAGCCGACUGUCACAACUCUGGUUGUCAAGGGGACUACAGGUGUCACCACUCUCGGCACAGUCACUGGUACCGUUUCUUCUAGUUUGGCGGGAGGCACAGUUGAUAGUUCAAGUGCCUCUCUCGCUACUCCCAUCACCACACUGGGAACCAUUGCUACCCUGUCCAGCCAGGUCAUCAGCCCAACUUCCAUUACAGUUUCAGCUGCUCAGACUAGCCUGACUUCUUCCUCCGCACUGCCCUCUUCUACUAUGACAGUGCAGCAGAACCAGCCCACCCAGGUGACUCUGAUCACAACUCCCAGUGGUGUUGAGGCUCAGCCAGUACAAGAUCUACCAGUAUCCAUCCUGGCUUCACCAACCUCUGAGCAACCCACUUCCACUGAGGCUGGAGCUGCUGGAGAGAGCUCUGGGACUGUCACUCUGGUCUGCUCUAAUCCGCCCUGUGAGACCCACGAAACAGGAACUACGAACACAGCCACCACUUCUUCCGCAACAAUUGGUGCAGGACAGGUCUGCUCUAACCCACCGUGUGAGACCCACGAAACCGGAACCACCAACACAGCCACCACUUCGUCUGCAACAAUUGGAGCAGGGCAGGUCUGCUCUAACCCACCAUGUGAAACCCAUGAAACGGGAACCACCAACACGGCCACCACUUCCUCAGCUACAAUCGGUGCAGGACAGGUCUGCUCGAAUCCGCCCUGCGAGACCCAUGAGACCGGAACUACCAACACAGCCACAACUGCUUCUUCAAACAUGUCUGCGCUACGCGUGUGCUCCAACCCACCGUGUGAGACCCAUGAAACCGGAACAACAAACACGGCUACCACAGCAACGUCUAACAUGGGAGGAGUGCAGCAGGUGUGCUCCAACCCGCCCUGUGAGACCCAUGUGACGGGCACCACCAACACCGCCACACAAGCUUCAUCUAGUAUGAAUGCAAACCAGACAGACACAGUGCAGAGUGUGUGCUCUAAUCCACCCUGCGAAACCCAUGAGACGGGGACCACCAAUUCUCCGUCCACAGCCACCUCGAGCAUGGGAGGAGACCAGACCAGCACAACAACAGCCCUGGUCCAGAGGGUUUGCUCCAACCCUCCCUGUGAAACACACGAGACAGGGACCACCAACACAGCCACAACUGCCACUUGUAGCAUGGAGACGGGUGAAGGCACUGCAACCCAGCAGACAGAAGAAGGAGCAGAAGGUACCAGCAGCACAGAAGAGGCCUCCACCACAGCAACAACUGGCACCACCCAGGGCAGGGCUAUCACUACUGUCACUCAGUCUACACCAGCCCCUGGACCCUCUGUGCCUUCGAUCUCAUCCAUCACAGAGGGAGUAAGCACUGCUGCUAGCUCCACAGAGGAACCCAUGCAGACUGAUGAGGCAGCAUCAGCAGAAGCUGCACCCGCUGAGGAAGGAACUGCAGCAAUGGAGACGCAAGCAGAGGGAGAAGCAGCAGCAGCAACAGCCUUGAACCUUCCUUCAGAGCUGAUGUCUGAGGGCCAGGGAGCCACACUAAUGGUGACGGGGCUGUCGGACGAGGAACUGGCUGUCACUGCAGCAGCAGAGGCGGCUGCACAAGCAGCAGCCACAGAGGAAGCCCAGGCCCUCGCUAUCCAGGCUGUCCUCCAGGCAGCUCAGCAAGCCGUAAUGAAUGAAGGCGAUGCUGCUGGAGAGAACCAGCAACCCACCAACAUCCCCAUCAUGCUGACCCAGCAAGAUCUUGCAGCACUGGUCCAACAGCAGCAACAGUUGCAGGAGGCUCAGGCCGCAGCUCAGCAGGCCACGGUGGACACAAGCUUGCCCACCGAGGGUCUUGCUCCUGCCGACAGCCUCAAUGAUCCGUCUGUUGAGAGCAAUGGGCACAACGAAAUGGCCGCUGCAGUCACUAGUGCUGUGGCUUCUCUCCUGCCACGCACCACAGCUGAGACGCUUGCGCCAUCAAGUACGUUUGCACCUUCUGUAUCUGUGGCAAGUCCAGCUAAGCUGCAAGCAGCAGCCACUCUAGCAGAGGUCGCCAAUGGCAUUGAGGGAGAGAAGCAAGCCCCUCAGCCAGCUCCAGUGAAGCCUGUUGUAAAAAAGGAGAACCAGUGGUUUGAUGUUGGGAUUGUUAAAGUGACAAAUAUGGUUGUCACUCACUACUAUGUGCCAGGAGAUGAUUCUCAAGGAGAUGAUGACUCUGGCAUUAUACCAGACUACAGCCAGAUGAAGAAAAUGGAGUUGCAGCCUGGAACAGCUUACAAGUUCCGUGUUGCUGGAAUCAACGCCUGCGGUCGUGGAGCUUUCUCUGAGAUUUCGGCUUUCAAGACUUGCCUACCAGGCUUCCCGGGGGCACCUUGUGCCAUCAAAAUCAGCAAGAGCCCAGAUGGUGCACACCUAACCUGGGAGCCACCCUCGGUGACGUCAGGAAAGAUCAUAGAGUACUCGGUGUACCUGGCCAUCCAGAGCAACCAAACAGCUGAAGCCAAGGCUUCCACCCCAGCCCAGCUAGCCUUCAUGCGUGUGUAUUGUGGACCCAACCCAUCUUGCUUGGUUCAGUCGUCCAGCCUCUCCAACGCACACAUCGACUACACCACCAAGCCAGCGAUUAUCUUCCGCAUUGCCGCCCGUAACGAGAAGGGCUAUGGUCCUGCCACACAAGUUCGAUGGCUGCAAGAAUCAGGCAAAGAUGCCUCCUCUGCAAAACCGGCCCCCAAAAGACCAGGCACCUCUCCUGAUACUAAGUCUACUGGUCCAAAGAAAGCAAGGACGGACCAGUGAGGUUGCCUGGAGACCCCUCCCAGUCUUUUCUUUUGGUCUUUUUUUUACCCCACUCGCUGUCUUUUUAUCAGGAAGACUGACCUUCACCCUUUCUCCUCUUCAUCCUCAUCCUAAUCUCAUCCUCCAUCCACUUCCCCAAUGUCUCAGACCAAGACGGCAAUGGAGGCAGAACAACCGUAUGAAGCCGAGACGAAAGUCGAUCUGAGAGAUGUUUCUGUAGAUAAAACCCUCCUUCCUCCUCGUUCUGUUGGUCGUACUAUUUUUAGAGCAACACAAACCUAGAAGCACAUUAUCUUUUUCAGUCACAUCCCCUUCCAUCCUUUUAACACCUAUUUUGACUUAUUUCAAUAGUUGGAACAGUAUAGAGAAGCAUUUACAUCUUUCACAAACUGGGAGCCAGCCUGAGCGCAAUGUUACCCUUUCUUUUUUUUUUCUCCUGUGUUUUUGGGGAAUUCUGGGGGGGAUGUAGAGAGAGACUACAUGAAAUGAUGUACAGUGUUGAAAAAGGCUGUGGAAGCAUUAGUAUAGAUGAGAGGAAAAAAAUCGGUAUGGAAACAAAUAAAGCACUUGUCCUCUGUGAAGGAGGACUUUUUUUUUGUUAUUAUUAUUAUUUUGCUCAAAACUAAUUUGCUUCAUUGAGAACCAAGUCUGUACAGUCAUCGUACUGGACUCCAGUCUCCUGGUAAUGUCAUCACUGUGCGCUUUUUACCCCAAGAUGAGGACUGGUGGCCAACAUGUUGGAAGAAUGGCAAAAGGAAGAGAUUUGUAGAGAACGAAUGACAGACUUUGCUAGGACUGAGACUUGCAGCACACAUGGAAAAACAAAAAAUCUUCCCAAAAAAUUAGCAAGCAAUGACGCAGAAGAUCUUUUGUGUAGUUUAUUUUUGUAUUUUUUAAGCUUUUUUUUCCUCCUGUGUGUAUGUGUAUGUUGUGUGCAUUUUUAAGAGAAAAAAAUACAAUUUUUUUAACUGUUGUUCAUCCCAAUAAUUUGUGUUCAUGGGAAGAUGUUGUGGCUAAUGUUGAGGUUGCCACUCUAUUUUAAAAAAAAGAAAUCUUCAGUUGGUCGUAUGUUCUUGUUAACAGAUGGCAAUGAAAGUGAGAAAGACUUUUUGUAUUUGUUCCAAGUAGAAACCGCAGAGGUUAUAGGACUGAAGGGAACUUUUGAUGUGGACCCAGGGAGAGAAGUUUUUACUUUGUUUACUACUCAAUACUUGUGUUGCUUCAUUUGCCAAACAUGGAAUUUCACAAGGGGGAGGAGGGGGGCGGGGCUUAGAAAAGACCAACAUCAGAUCUUUUCCAUCCGUUCCCCUCCCCCUCCUUGAUUUCCCGAUCAGUUGUCCUAUACUUUUUAUGCUUAUGAAUGUGGUGUCCUAAGUUUUAGAAUGGCAAAUUAUCAGUAGAAUUAUUUUCCCUUCCCCUAUUUGAUGUAUGUGAAUCCAUUUAAUAAAUCUUUUGUUCCUU